AGAAGCGGGCUUCGGGGAAGGCAGGAAGGCGUCUGUCUCUAGCUUCGCCGAUGGCGGUUAUAAGACACAGACCUGAGUUGUACCGCUGGCGCCGCUUCAGCCAGUCGGCGUCUCGGCAGAAGACAAAACUUGAUCCUGACAAUGUGGAGCACUGGAUUAAGCAAGUGGAACAAGCAUCUGAGUUUGCUGUUUCUGAGACGUUUUCAUUAAAAAAGACAUCUUAUUCUCGAGGACUUCAUGGCCCUGUGCUGGAUUUGGAAACGGCAGACCAGCUGCAAGAUCAUGAUGAGGCAUAUGUGGAAGCCCAAGAGCUCCUUAAUGAUUGGAUGAAUUCAAAACUGAAGUUGGAACUUGCAGAUGAUCAAGAAGAUGAUGCUGAAAAUCCACUGGCUCGUUCUCUUCCUCCCCAGGAGCCCCCCACUGGCUUUCAGAAGUAUGAAAAAUUUGAUGAUUUUUAUGGUUAUCUGGAAGAUGAGAUGGAAAAUACAACAGUACAAGAUAUUCUGCGGGAUCUACUGCAGAGUGAAGUUGUUGACAGUGGUAUAUUGGGAAGCCUUAGAACUGAAGAACUUAAGGAGAAAAGGAAGCCCAAAGACCCACGAAUUACCAUGGAAUUAAGGCAUAAACAGGUAAAAGAGAAUCGGCUGAGGAGACAGAAGGAGCAGGAGCUUCUGAAACAACAGAAGGCCCUGAAAAAAUCGGCAAUGUCAGAGGCCCAGAGGCAACUCCAAGAGGAGAACAAGAAGAAGGUUCUGAAAGCCAGGAGAGAAGAAGAAGAAAUUCAGAAACAGAUGGUGAAGCUGCGGAAAGAGUUUGUAGAAAGAAGGCAUCUCAUGGAAGAAGCCAGGAAAAUGGAAAGAAAGAGGCACGAUUUAAAAAAAAUUAAGAGGCUGGUAGAAGUCGGCAUGCCUCCUGUGCCAGUCCAUCUGGAUUGUGAGAUAGAAGGACAAAGGAAUGAGAAACAAACUGGGAUGCAGGAGCUGCUGAGCAAAAUUGACAUUGCAAAUCAGAAGUGCCUACGGAAGUAUUUCUCUGCCUGGUACAAGCUUAUUCUGGAUCUCAGGAUUAAGAUGGGAAAAGCAAGGGCCCUUGCUGACUGGAAGUGCCAGCUGAAGACCUUGCGAGCCUGGAGAGAUUACACAUGGUCUCAGAAGUUAGAGCAGGAGACUAAAAAACUGGAGAACCAGCUUCGCAAUCAGAACAGGGGGAAACAGUUGGCUAUAGAAUUUAAUCGGAAGUGCAUUUUGCGCCAUUAUUUUGCUGAAUGGCAUUGCUGGAGCCGAACAGAGGUGGAAAAGAGAGAACUACAAUUGAAAAAGGAGGAUACAAGGAGGAAAAUGGCAAAGCUGUUAGAGGAAGUGGCACUGGGGAAACUUGCUACAGACUGCUCCCAGGAUGCCAAGAGAACUCAUGAGUCAAAAGAAGCUUGGGAUCAACCCGUGAGUCCUACAGAGGUGGCUACAAUACCCUGUUUACAGGAUGAUCCCAGAAUAGCAAAUGUAGAAAGAGCAAACUCCUGCUCUCCAGAGACAAGUCAAAAACAUGAUAGUCAUUCUCCAAAGCAGCCCAAAUGGGCAUGGCAAGUCACCCUGAAGCAUGCUGCUUUGAAUGCUCAAGAUCGAGCAGUGUUUGGUAACCGAGCAAGAAGUUCCUUGCAGCAUCUUGAACCACCAAAACAAAAAAUGUCCUCUGUCUUAAGUGGUCCCCUGGAGCACCGCCAUGCCUUCCAACAGCAACUGAUUGAAGAGCAGAAACGGCAGCUCCAAGAGCAGCAAGAACUAAUCCUUAGACUUCAGGAAAAUGAGAGACUAAAGAAGGCCAAGGAGGAAGCUGAACAAGCCACAGCAGUUACCAAGGCACUUAACAACCAGGCACCAAAAACUAGGGAAGGAAAGCAGUUGAGAGAGAGCCAAUUAAGUGACAAGAAUACAAAGUCUUUAAGAUUAGAAAAUUACCAGCCAGCUAUCGAAAGCAAGAGGAGCCUGAAAGUGCUGUCCACACCACAUCCCUUACUCAAAGCAAUGGAGGAGAGAGCAAUUCAGCGUGCAGAAAGGAGAAGGGAACUGGAAGAAGCAAAGAAAAAACGAGAAGAGGAGAAGUUGGCCCAGAUGCAAGCCGAGGAAGAACAACAUCGGAGGCAAGAAGCAGCAGAGAAGGAGGCUCAGUUGCAGAAGAGGCAAGAGGAGCGGAGACUGCAGAAAGUGAAAGAAUUGGAAAAACAGAGGAGGCUGGAGCGGGAGCAGCAGCUCUUCUCAAAAGCGAAGGAACAUUAUGAUAGGUUCCUGCUGAAGAAGCAGGGGCUGGAGCCCUGGAAAAGACUAAUACAGCAAACUCAGGAAAAUAUGGUGGUGGCACAAAGGCAUCAUUGCUUUAGAUUGCAAAGGAAGUGUCUGCUUGCCUGGCUUCAUUAUAUGCAAGAGAUCCUUGCUGGGAAAGUAGCUCAGGCUGAGGGACUUUAUUCCCAUCUGCUCCUCAGAAGGUCCUUCAGGAUCUGGAUAAAGUACAAGGAUUAUGUAUCUACUUUGGAAGAGAGUGCAAAAAAGCUCCAUGAAACUUCACUUCAGAAGAAGGUCCUCUGGGCUUGGUUUGAUGUACUCAAUGAGGAAAAGAGUAUUUUCUGGAGAAAACAGAAGACUGCAGAUCAAUAUAGUGACAGGAGGAUAAUGCAGACUGUGUUCAGAGCCUGGAAGCAAUUUCCAUCUUUGAUGAAAGAGGAAAGGGAGAAGGAAGAGAGAAUAAAACAGCUAAGGAAGAGAGUGGCUGAAAUUCUGCCAGACUUCCGAACAUGACAUUUCAGGCCAGAAGACAGAGAAAAAAGGAGUUCACGUGCACCAUUCUCUGGUUGACAGAAUCUGUAGACAUUCUAGCAGAGGUUCCACCUAACAAAGCCAUGUGCAAGGAUCUCUGUUUGCACCACAGGGCUUUCCACUCCUCCAGUGUCCCUCCUGAAGUUAGCUUCAGGGGUUUGGAGAACAGUGCCUGGGGUGAAGAGAGGAGGGAUCAUUCCGCUUGGCAAGAUGCAAUGCUUGUGGAGACUGAAUUCCAUCCUUAUUCCCCAAGAGGAAUUGUUCUGUUGAACUCCUUCUAAAAUAUCAAAGUGUAGCAGUCAAAGAAGCUGAUAUAGGCCAGCACUUCUAUUUUUCCAACUAAAUCAUUUUACCAUCUUUGCCUGCUUCCCUGUGGUAAGCACCUCUGUGUGAACAUACAGUAUCACCUCCAUUUGCUGGCACACAAACAUGAAAUCUCUUCUUUGUGCUAUCCCAAACUCCUGUAUUAUGAGUGCGUAUCCACAAGAACAAGCAGUAAGCAGGGACAACCACUGUCUCUGACUCUUUCUCACUACUGAAUUAACCACACAGCCAGCAGGUCCGCUGAUGUGGUGGUAGGGAGGUGUUGAAUCAACAAACCAUUAUUCCUCGCAAAUUGAAUAUUCAAUUAGAAUGAAGGAAAGAGUGCCUGAGAUACAAUAAUAACCUAUAGACAGCAGUACAGAUAGCACUGCUGGGAAGAGUUUUUGGAAAUUCAGAUAUUCUGUGAGGGGUUCUAGUUCACUUGUGGAAACCAGAUUAAGAUGCCUCAUAGUCAGAAAGCUUUCUGCCCUUUAAAAAUGUGUGUUUUUUAUAUUGGAGCUGCUUUGCCGUUGCAACUCCUUCUGUCCCUAGGCACAUUUGAGACUCUCAGUUGCUGGAUUUUCAUUUCAGCUUGCAGAGUUUGAAUGUCAAAAAAUUCUAAGACCAAUAACUUACCUCCCAUGAUGUCAUGUGGAAUCUUAAUUAACAUUCUGUCAGCUCAGUCAAGCAAGUUUUCAGACUUCAUAGCACAGCACCACACUUAAGAAAAAAACCCAUAGUAUAUUGUAUAAAUAAACCAGUUGUAGUUAAAUCUUAACCGACAAGUAGGGGCAACCCUUGUAGUAGUAUACCACUUGAGAUAUUUGAAUUGUAGUGCUAAGGUACUGAUUUGUUACAAAAGAAAAACCACUCAGAAUAAUUGCGAACUAGCCAGUUUGUUCUCAACAACUAAUGCGGAUUAGCACCCCUCCCUUUUUUGAACACAGAUUGUGACUGUGGAGGUGGUUAAAAGAAUAAAAAGCAAAAAAGAAAUCGGCUCAAUCUUGGGUUUGUUACCUUAUAAAGUAAUCUGCUAAUGUUCUCUCCCACUCUCCAAAAUUUGUAAGUACACAGACUGAAGAAGACACACAUUCGUUUGAUUACCAGCUUAGCUAUCUUCAGUUGAUUCAGAAGGUCCUUCAAGCCAUUCAGAAGGUUUAAAGUACGUAACAGUUUUGGUUUACUACAGUCUUGGACUAAAGAUAGGAGUAUGAAGAUGGACCUCUUUGCCUCUGACACCUGAGAUGUACUGUAUAUUGUUCAGGACCCACCUGAAUUUGUAUUAACUGUUUUUAAUUCUGAAUUUUAAAUCAUUGUAACCUGCCAGGGGGCUAGCUAGUGAAGGACACAUAAUAAAUUUGAUGUUAUUUUGUUUUUCCAGAGAA